CGCGCGGCGCGGGAGCACGUGGGGCGCGGGUCCCGGUCCCGCCGCCAUGGAGGAGCGGGCGGGGCGGGCGGAGCGGGGCCCGGCGGGGGCUGCCCCGGCGGCCGGGGCUGCUGCUGCGGCCGGGGCUGCUGCUGCGGCCGGGGCUGCUGCUGCCGGCGGGGCUGCCCCUGCUGCUGCGGCCGGGGCGGCGGGGCCCGACUGGAACAUCCCGCCCAACGCGCCCGCCUGCAUGGAGCGGCACCUGGAGGGCGCGCACUACCGCGCAGACGGGGCCCUGCUGCUGGGCGCCUCGGCGCUGAGCGGGCGCUGCUGGAGCGGCUCGCUCUGGCUCUUCGCCGACCCCCGCCGCGCCCCCAGCGAGGGCUUCUGCACGGCGGGCGUGCAGACCGAGGCGGGCGUGGCCGACCUGCGCUGGGUGGCCGACCGGGCCGUCUUGGUGGGCUCCGACUCCGGCGCGGUGGAGCUGUGGGAGCUGGACGAGAACGAGACCCUCAUCGUCAACAAGUUCUGCAAAUACGAGCACGACGACGUGGUGCAGGCGGUGUCGGUGCUGGCGGGCGGCAGCCGGGCGGUCAGCGGGAGCAGGGACUGCUGCCUGAAGGUCUGGGACCUGCCCCAGCAGGCGGUGCUGCGCUCCUACCGAGCUCACUCGGAUGCAGUGACCUGUGUGGCUUCCUGCCCUGACAAGGACACGGUGUUCCUGUCCUGUGCUGAGGAUGGCAGAACUUUACUCUGGGACACCCGGUGCCCGAAACCAGCUACUCGAAUUGUUUGCAGUGCCUGUAAUUACCUCCCUACCUCAGUCAUGUGGCAUCCACAGAAAAGUGACACCUUUGCUCUGGGUGACGAAAGUGGAACAGUUGCACUAGUAGAUACAAAGAAUCCUGAUUCUGCCCUCAGCUCCACUGUGCACACCCGACGUGUCACAGGGUUUGCAUUUUCUGCACAUAGCUCACCCUUCCUGGCUUCCAUCAGUGAGGACUGUUCAGUAGCUGUUCUUGACUCAGACCUCUCCGAGGUGUUCAGAAGCCGCUCCCACCGAGACUUUGUGAAGGGCUUAUCCUGGGCUCCCUCAGACAAUGCCUUGCUCACCACGGUGGGAUGGGACCAUCAGGUUUUACAUCACACUGUCCCCAUACCAGCUGGUGAAGCUUCUGGAGUCAACUGUGUAAAAGAAUAGUUUUAUAAACUCAUGGUCCAGAUUCCUUCCUGGCAUUACUUUGAUUCUGCUGAAGUCAAAGUUGUGUGUGAACUGGAGUGGGUGUGGUCUGAUGGCUGCCUUGAGGCUUGUGACUAAGAAGGUUCCUGUAGUAAUUUUGAAUUAGGCAUAAGUUAGUUACAAACUAAGCUUUACCCUCUCCUCAGGAGUUGGCUUCACCUGUGAUAAGAAUUUGGUGUUUUACCCAGAAAAAAAUUUGGCUUCAGGCACAGAGGAGACUUGGAGAGACAGGGAAUUAACCAUCAUUAAAAAAAAAUAAUCAAAAAGACUUAAUCCUCCCUCAGUUCUCCAAACCAUCCAUGGAAUUAAUAGAAGCAUUUUUUGGGAGAGGCUAAAAACACCCACCUCUUGUUAGCUGGAUGCCAGAGGCUGCCCCUUGAGGAAAGCUCUUUUCUUUGCUCUGUGAAUCAAUUCUUCAGCUGCCUGGGGAGACAUGUUUGCCUUUAAAGACUAGAAGGGUGAGGUGCAGAGGUUGGUCUGCACUAUCUGCCAGCAUGGAUCCUCAGGCCAGGAUCUCUGCUCCCCCCGGGGGUGCGGGAAUGCCAGGAGGUGUGUGAGGAUGCUGUGGGAUCAGGAUCCCAGCUGCAGCCCUGUGCUUACACACCUUGGUGGCCGUGUGGGACAUGCUGAAGCCCUGUCCUGCUCAGCAGUGCCCUGCAGCUGAGGCCAGCUCAGAGCCAGAAGUUAGCAGUGGCUGUGCUGUUUGACACCAUGUUUCAUCUCCUCUGUGCUGAAGGCAACUUAAAGACCUGUGAGCAAAAGUUUUAGGUAAGGGGGAAAAAAGUGGACUAAAGACUUCAGUUUUCAUUUGCUUGCUUCUGUAAACAGACUCUGCUUAGUGGUACAUGAGGCUCCUGCUGCACUUGUGGUGAGUGACGUUUUGUGCUGGAGGCUGAGGGGACCAAGCAUUCCCACAAUCCCCAAAACAGACUCCACGUCAUCCUUAGAGGUGUUAUUUUUUUUUUGUACCUUACCACAUAAUUUUCAAACUAAACUGCUUCCCUGGAACAUAUUUAACUGACAAAAAUAACUGCUCUGCAUGCAUUGCCACACUGCUCUAGGUAUGGCUUGGUCUGGCCUAGUGUUUCCUAGACAGAAUAAAGCAGGAACUGACUAAUGACACAAAAAUACUAUUGAAAUUCAUGUUAUUCCUGUUUCUUUAGCAUGGUAGCAACACUAAACUGUACACCACUUGCAGUGGGCUUAUCCCUGCAUAAACAUAGGUCUUAGCUGAUCCAGACUCUGCAGAGCCCACAGUGAAGUGUUAGGCAGGCUCAGCUCUCCCAGGCUCUCUGCUUUUCUCCUAUUUUUAAACCUUUGCUGCUUUUGUAGUUCCCAUGUCAUGCAGGUGUUCACAGAGCAAACUCCCUGAUCUAGAGCAGUGUAUAACAAAGAAAAGGUGAAUUAUUAUAAAAACUGACAAGAUUCCUCAAAAGUACCCCUUGAGCUAGCGAAAAAGUUACCUGUGACAGACUUCUGAUGCUGUUCUGAGAACUGGAAUGGGUCUUGUGCUGUUGGUGGAAUAAGUUUGUCUUGGAAAAGGUGGAAAACGGUUUUUAAAUAAAUUAUAGUUUUCAUUUGUA